AUGGUCCAGUCACUUGAUGUGGAUAACAAGGAAUGGAUAAUGCUAAUGAAAUUGUUCAGUGUCAAGCUUGAAGAACCUUUCCUAUGCCAGAAGAUCCCUGCAGGAAGAGUACAUCCGUCACAGACUCUGUCACAGGCAGCUUCCAUGUUGUUAGCAUCACAUAAGACUAAGAAUAACACACUUUUAGGCAAAAGGCCUAAAAGCAACCACCCCUGGGAGGCUGGACAAGAAAGGAAUUAUGAUCUCCAAGGCCUUCGGUUUCUACAUGUUCCACCUAGCUUUUUCAUGGUACUGCGGAAAUUGUGUUACGAUACUGGGGAAGACAAUGACAUAAGGAAGGGAAGUGGACCCAACAGUGGGUCAGAACCACCCACUUUGGCUAUAUUGUCCAUCGUGCAAGAUAACCUAUUUGACGUUCAUUCUAAAUUAACCUUCAAAUCCUAUGAUUUCACACUGCCAGUAUUGCUGGAUAUGAGGAGGAAUCAUUCUAGGUUUCCUAAUGUGCCAAAUAAAGCAACAGAAGAAGCUGAAUAUAAAAUAGAAGAUAAAAUGAACAUCUUAAGUGGGGCUUGGUGGAAGGUGCAGUAUCCAGUAGUGAAAGGCUGCAAGGAGGGAAAAAAUUCCAAUUACUUGCCCCAGUCUUCACACUGCCUGAAAGAAUGUCAUUCCUUGUCUGACAUGUAUCAGGGAGGGAGCAAGGAUGUGGUUCCCUGCCUGCAUUUCUUGGGUAUAGCUUUCGAUGAAAUGGUAAGCAAUCGCUAUGGCGACUGGUGGGUCGAGGACCACUCCCAAGAAGGGAACGCCGGCUUAUUACAUGCACACCCAUUGUGGAGAUGCGUCAAGUAUUUUGACAUGUACACCCAUGGGGGAAGACAUGGACCACGUGGGUUUUUGAAAAGGUGGAAUUGUUAUACCAGGGAUGACCCGCCAAAACAGUCUCCACCGGAUGGAAUCUCUGAAAUGGAAAAGUUAUUAAGGCUAUUAGGCCUUCAGAUCUCAGGCAGCUUCUUGAACAGGCACAAUGGCCUGACCAGAACACUGGCACUGGAGCUAGUUGCUUUUACCAACCAUCGCUUAUCUUAUCAGGAGCAAGGAAGAGAGACUGUUGAUACUCAGCUGAUGGCCUUGCAGAUUCAAGACCACCAAGAACCCCAUUUCUGGGAAAACAGUUCUGGGGGGCAAGGAUGUGGAAGACCAGAGCCCUCCCACUGUGGGCAUGUGGCCCUGUACCAGGAAAGACUGACAUCUGCCACUAUUACAGCUAAAGAGGAAAUUAGAAGGCAGAAUACUCCUUUAUGUCCACUUCCACCAACCCAUAUACCACCCCCUCUUCCACCCUUCUUUCCCAAGAGAAAAGAUAGCAUAGAGCAGGGCAAUGCUAUCCUGAGGCUGGCGCUGCCCAAGGAUCCCACUGGACCUUACGUGAAUGGCAAAAUAAGUGUCUCUGGGCUUGUUCAUAACUACGGGAUGCUAUGGAAACAAGGGGGCUGUCGUACUUCAGCUGGAACUGCUAUUAAACAUGGACAGUUGGUCAGUAAACUGCUGGAGGUGUUAUUCCUGCCCAGCAGGAACACCAGGCACACCUGCCAGUUACUGCUGUUACCCGAGGAAAUGUUGCCCCUAAUUAACCCCGCUCUUCCUCGGCGGAGAGGGCCGGAGCGGGGGGAAAAGGCUGCGCAGGCGGGGCUUCGGGGGCUCCUAAGUGGGGAGGCGGUGCCCAAAGCGAAACUUGAGGCUGGCGGUGGCGGGGCCCGAGCCUUCCCCGGGGCGGGGCGCGCGUUCUGGCGGUCGGCCGUUGGAGCAAAGCCGGUAUCGCGCCCAUCGCCUCCCGGGCUCCCUCCCUUCCCGCCGAAGAUGGCUCGGGUGCGGAGGCUGGAGGAGGAGAUCAGCAGCCUGAGGGAAGAGCUGAGCCAGUGCCAGGCUGAUAAAGAAUUUGUAUGGUCUUUGUGGAAACGUCUCGAGGUGGAAAACCCAGAUCUUACUCUGGCCAUCAGUUGGGUUGUGGAAAGAGAAAAAUACAAAGCUCAAAUCAAGGACAGAAAAGUCCUGGAAAUUUUACAAGUCAAAGAUGUGAGAAUUCAAGAGUUGGAGCAGAGGGAAUCAGGACAACAACAGGAAAUAAAUAACCUGGUAAAAAGGAAGAUUGCUGUGGAUGAAGAAAACAUUUUCCUAAAGAAUGAAUUCAGUGACUUACAGCAGAAAUUUAACGAUAAAAAUCAAGAACUUAAGGACACUAAGGAGUGUGCACGGAAGAAGGAAGAGCGCAGCAGACUGGUUAUAAAAAAUCUGGAGGAGGAAAAUGAGGGAUUAAAUACACGCUGCACUGACCUGCUAAAUGACCUGGAGAAACUGAGGAAGCAGGAAGCACAAUGGAGACUAGAAAAAUCUGGCAUUGAUGAUAAAGUAAAGAGUUUGGAAGCCAAUUUAACUGAGUCGAGGAAACACAUUGAAGAAUUGCACAGUAAAUGCAAUGAUUUAUCAUCACAACUGACUAUGAAUCAGACUGAGCUCAUCCAAAAGGAUAUGGAUAUAACCCUGUUCAGGAAAGAGUUGCAGGAACUGCAGAAUCUAUACAAACAAAACACUGAACAUACAGCACAGCAGGCAGAGCUGAUCCAGCAGCUUCAGGCUCUCAAUGUGGAUACACAAAAAGUAUUGAGAAAACAGGAAGAUGCUCACACAGCUGAAACUAUAUCCUAUCAAAAACUUUACAAUGAAUUGAAUACAUGUUUUGAAACGGUGAAAACAAAUGAGGCUCAGCUCCGGCAAAGUUAUAUUUCUCUUAAGAAUCAACUACUUCAAAAAGAGCAAGAGACCAUUCAACUCAAAUUAAAACUUGAGGAAGCUCUGUCAACACCACAAACUUUAUCUCAAGUAGCUCAGCUACAGCACUUGGAACAGGAUUUCAAGCAUUCAUCUUUACCUCACCUAGAAUGCCUAAUAGCAUCCCAGAAGUCUGAAAUUAGGCAUUUAGAGGAGAAAUUAAAAACAGCAAAUCUUCAACUCUCCGAGCAUUGUACCUGUAGCAGAGACUUUCUGAAUAGGAUCAUUCUGAAGUCUGAAAGAAAACAUAAGGAACCACCUGUGAAACGUUCAAGGUCUCUGUCGCCAAAGAGCACUUUUAGAGACUCAGAGGAGCUAAAGAAGCUUAAAAUAGCCGAAUGGAAGAUUGAAAACUUAGAGAAGACACUACAGCUAAAGAUCCAAGAAAAUGAUGAGCUAAGAGAAGCCCAUGAAAAACGCAAAGAAAGGCUGCAGAUGUUACAGACCAACUACAGAGCAGUAAAAGAGCAAUUAAAACAGUGGGAAGAAGGCUGUAGCAAAAGUGAAAUCAGAGAAAGGAAAAUCCAGCGAGCAGACCCCCAGCAGCUGCGACAAGAAGAUUCUGAUGCCGUGUGGAAUGAGCUGGCAUAUUUCAAAAGGGAGCACAAGAAGCUACUGAUUGCAAAGCUACACCUUGAAGAAGAAUUGGAUCAGCUGAAAGUACACAGGUCCAUGGACAAGGCAACAAUACAGGAACUGAACAGCUAUCUGAAACAGGAACAAGAAGCAGACCUACUCUUUAGACUUGGUGAAGAUGAUGGGGUCAAGAAUAGUACGCCAAAGAAGAAUGUGAAAGAAAUGUUGGAUCAGACAUUGCAAAAGGUGAGUCAUAUGGAAAAGAAAUUACUGUCCUUUGAGGAAAAGUCCAAGCAGUUGAAAGAAGUGAAUGAAGAAUUAACCAAAGACAACCAUGGUAUGAAAGUCUCCUUGAAACAGUACAGAGAGGCUGCAGAAUGCAGAGAAAGAGAGCUAGAACAUCUCCUGAAGGGAAAUCGAGAAAUGAAGAGAGACAAAGCUGAGCUUCAGGUGAAGCUCGGCAAGCUGGAGAAAGAAGUCACCUCCCUCCAGGGGCAAGUGGCAGAAGCUAACGGGUUGAGGAAGGAAAAUGAGGAGCUGCUGACUCAAGUGCAGAAAUUGCAGCCCUUGGUGGAUGAAGCCAAAGCCUGGAUGGCCACCGUGGGAGAGGGCUGUGGGCGAUGCGACUCUAAGGCAACCAGCACCAAGGUUAAAUUCAAAACAGGCAAGAAAAAGAGCUCUAUGGGAUGUCACCAAGCUUUUCUCAAUCAGUCCAUCAAGGUUACGAGCAAUAUGUUUGAGAACUUCAGUAAGGACGGCUGGGAGGAUGUGAGUGAAAGCAGUGAUUCUGAAAUACAGACCUCUGAAUGCCAGGCAGAAAUUACUUUAAAAGACAGUCCAACAAGAGAUGGAAAAGAUCACCAAAGAAAAUAUCAAACAGAAGAUAAUCACAUGACACAAACUGAAUCAAAUGUAGAAUGCAGGGAGCAAUUAUAUCCUAAAAAGCGCAAUAUCCACAAAAAAGAUUUUGUAAAAUCAUCUAUAAAACGGACACAAUUUCCUUCCAAGAAAUUUUAUCCAUCCACCAUCACUAAAGUUACCAGAGAGAAACGGAAGAAUAUUUAUAUCCAGAAACCAGGAAAUUCUGUUGUUUUAUUACGGGAUAGGAUUAUGUCCUUGCAGCAGCAAGUUCUCAUUCUACAGAGUGCCAAAAGAACAGCUGAAGCUUCCAUUAAGGAAUUUAAAUCAUCCAAUGAAAAGCUUAUAAAUCAGCAAAAUGUAAUGGAUCAGAAAUUGAUGUCCAGCAAAAAGGUGAUACAGAAACUGAAUUCUGACUUGGCUGAGCUUCGUAAAGAGAGAGAUGAUUUGCAUAGAAAAUUAGAAUCUGCAUCUGUAGCCACAUGUUUAACAGAUCUCUCCACUGUAACUUCUCAACCAAUCCAAGUUGCACCAUCAGACUCUUCAAAGAAUAUAGAUACUGAAAUGAAGCACCUACAGUGUAAACUCAAGAAUGUGACUAAUAAAAUCACUAAACAGUCAUCAACCAUAAAGUCUCUGAAAAAUCAAGUCCAGGAAAAGGAUGACCGGAUCCGAGAAUUGCAAGAAAAGGUUUCUCGGAUGGAGAGGGAUGUACAUAUGAAGAGGCAUUUGAUAGAGGAUUUAAGAUCUCGUCUAAAAGUAAACCAGGAAACUGAUAAGAGCUUCAAUGAGGUGCUAGAAAAUUUUGAGAAAAAGGUGAAGACAUUGACUGAAGACUGUUCUAACAAGAAAGCGUCAAUUGAUUCACUAAAGCAAAGGCUUAAUGUGGCUGUAAGGGAGAAGUCACAGUAUGAACAGAUGUAUCACAAAGCUAAAGAUGAGCUGGGAAAAAAGGAUCUCAGGCUUAGUAACCUACUAAGUAAAGUGACAGAGACUGAAACUGCUAUGUCAGACCUGGAGAACACUGCAUCUCAACAGCUCCAUGAAUUGGCAAUACAAAGUAGACAGAAUUUGGAGGGAGUUAAAAAGAAACUGAUCUCGGCCAAUGACAGGGUGGAAGAAUUCAUCACAUUUGUCAAGGCAUUAGCCCAAGUGUUACAAAGUAAUAUCCAAGAAAUGAGGAGAAGAAUCAGAGAAACUAAAAAAAUGCAGUAUAACAGGAAACUUUCCAAAGGGUCAGUACGCAGAGCCCAGUCCUUGGCAGCUUCUAUCCUUAACAUUUCCAAGACUGAUCUAGAGGAAAUACUAGACACAGAAGAUGAAGAGGAAAUUGAAAAGGCAAAAAUGGCCUCUGAAAACGACAAGGCAUGGCUUCAGUACAUUCAAAAGCUUCUGGAAGGAAAGUUUCCUUUUUCCUCAUAUUUAAUAGAUGCAGUAUUGGAGAAACUAAAUGAAAAGAAGAAACUGGUAGAAGAAUAUAUCACAAUUAUGAAAGAUAGCAGAUGAUAUCACGAUGGACUGCUUUUUAGAAUGCAAGAAGUUUUAUGUGGUGUGAUUAGAAAAACAUGAAUUGUAAUCUUGAUACUGUAUCUUUCUCCUUCCAGUGGAAAACUAUCAAUAGACCCAGGUUCAAUACAAAAAUAAGUAGUCUCUGAGACCUAAUGAAUUGCUGAACAGGGGAAAUUAAUUACAUGCAUGACCAUUUAAAAGGAAAUAGUGUAGCAUUUAAUUGUUGAAGAUAAAUAUUUUCACCAAUCAAUACAUUUGAAAAAGGCAGCACCAGCUCACUCCACACAGUAGGUACUAAGGGGCUGUUGGGUCAUGUGUUUGAAAACAAGGAAUUGGACUUAAACGUCUUUCAUCUCAGAAUAGA